AUGACGCUACCGACUGGAAGAUAUAUCAUACGCAAUGCCUAUUUCAGUACACUGGUCACUUUGAGGAGCGCGGAUGUGGACGCUCGCUUGAUGUGCACUGCUCACGGAGAUGAUGAAGGCCGCAUCGUGAGUUGGCUAAAGCUAAGCUUCAUGGUGUGGUUGCUGAGUACAUGCAUCGCUAAGUGGGACAUCGAGCUCUUAGACAAUAAGAGGCACCAUUUGGGCGGCGCUGCUGAACAAGUCGUUGCUGCAGAACACGAGCACCAAUGGAUCAUUCAGAAAGAAGCCGCAGAGCGGCAAUACACCAUCUCCCCCACAGAUCAGGAUACAUUCUGGGGAUUUUCCAGCGAGGAAGAAGGCACUCCUGCUGCUCUCAUACAGUCCAAGGUUACUCUUACAAGCCCUUAUACGGAUGAGCGAAACCAGUGGGUGCUCGAGUCCGCAUGA